ACAGUGGCACGCGCGUGUUGAUGAACAGAUACACACAGCUGUUUUGUUGGCACGCUCCGGUGAACUCCUAGCUUAAAAUACAUCGAGGGCGUUGACUUUAAUCAAACUGUUUAAAGAGGCUAUGUAAUGAUAAAGAAGCACAAAGGGUCAAAGGUGAAGACAGACGCUGGUUAAACUCCUGGACGGAGCAGAGCAGAGCAGUGUCCUGACUGAAGAGCGGAGGCGACCGUCGGAAGUUACGCUGCAAUUCUUUAGUGAAACUCAGCUAAGUUGCAAACGUUGACAUUCGUUGUUGUAAUUCAGGUUUCAACGACACUUUGGAUACUUGUGUAGGGAAAUAGUUCGUUUGGCGGAGUUGGACAGUCACGUUUGAGGAAGAGGCUUUUCAGGAGAUUUACCUGACAUUGGGAUCGGCAUCAGAUCUGGAGAGGCUUUUGAGUGCUCUUGAGGUCCAUUGAGAUGGAUGAGCAGGAGAAUCCACUCGACAGAGACUUCUCUCUGUCUGUCGUUCUGCCAGGGGGGUUGGAGAAGAACGCCACAGUGCAUGGGAGUAAACCAGUGAUUGACUUACUGGUGACCCUUUGUGCAAGUUACCAUCUGAACCCGUCAGACUACACUGUUGAGGUUCUCUCACCCAACAAGAACAACAUCAGCUUCAAACCAAACUCUCCUAUCGGCUCACUGGAAGCGGAGAGUAUUGUGCUGAAGCCCAAAGGGAUGGAAGAAAAGAUCAGGAGGCCGUACAUGCCCGAGGCAUCUGUACGUCUGUUGAUCAACUACAAUAAGUCCCAUAAGACCGUGGUGCGAGUGAAUCCCAGAGUGCCCCUUGAGAUGCUGCUGCCAGCCGUGUGUGACAAGUGCGAGCUUCAAGUAGAAACGACUGUUUUACUGAGAGAUUCUCAGUCUGUAGAGCCGCUGGACCUGAGCAAGACCUUAAACGAGCACGGGCUGAGGGAAGUGUUCGCCAAAGACACAGCUGCCAAGGAGCCUGACCACCAGCACCAAGAUGCAGCCGUCUCGCCAACAGAGGUCAUCUCCCCACCUCCUCUACAAGACGUGCCAAAGAAGGAGAAGAAACAGAAGGACACUGCAGGAUUCCUCAGCUUGUUCAGAAGAAGGAAGAAAAAAGCUGAAAUGGAAGGGGCGAGGAGUGCCCCAGCUUCUCCUACGAGCAACAAACAUGUGGGAGUCAGCAUGAAUGUGCGGGGUGUUUCCUCUUCCAGCACCCUGCCAGCAGAUAUGCCCAAGAGGAGACGAGCCCCUCAGCCGCCCAUGGGUGCAUCACAGAGCAUCCCAAACAACCUCGGCACCUGUCAUGUAGGAGAAUCACAGAGGUCGGCAGAAUCCACCUUAAGGAGCACCAAGCGGAGGGCCCCACCCCCUCCCUGUGCAAACAUCCACCAGGAGGUUAAAGCGACUGCAGACUCCCUGAACACUGUGGAGGAGCUGAGAGAAAUCAAUGAGUCAGUCUCUGUAAACCUGUCACUGCCCUCAUCUUCAUCACCACAUCCACGUUCAUCCUCAUUCUCCUCACGACCAUCAUUUGCUCAUCUCCAUGACGUGGCUGACCCAUAUCUGCCUUCAUUUCGAGGCAAAGACUUCUCUGACGCCCGCUGUGCUCUUGCCAAAGUCCUGACGUCGUCUAUUUCCAAAGGAGCGCUGGUCAAGCGUUUGAGGAACUCUGCCACCUUCCCAAAGUUCAACAACGGCUCCUCCUUUAUGUCCUCGACUCCGAGGUGUUCAGAUAACGGUGUGUUCUUCGCAGAACUUGAAUCUGUUCUAACAUCCAACCACCCCACUGAGGAUGAGUGGGAGGAUCCCGUACAGAGGAAAGGAAUGACCACGUUCAAAGUGGUUCCCCCCAUGAAAGAGAAGUGCCACGAUCCAGAACUCACCACUGGCCAGAUAACAGUAGAAGAUAACCCUGAGAGUGAAGAGGAUCCAUGUUCUCCGGACACAUCAGAGAAUGAAACACCUUUGCAGAGUCCAGAACCUUCUCAAACAUCUUUGCAGAGUCCAGAACCUUCUCAAACACCUUUGCAGAGUCCAGAACCUUCUCAAACAUCUUUGCAGAGUCCAGAACCUUCUCAAACACCUUUGCAGAGUCCAGAACCUUCUCAAACAUCUUUGCAGAGUCCAGAACCUUCUCAAACACCUUUGCAGAGUCCAGAACCUUCUCAAACAUCUUUGCAGAGUCCAGAACCUUCUCAAACACCUUUGCAGAGUCCAGAACCUUCUCAAACACCCUUUCAGAGUCCAGAACCUUCUUCUCAGGAGAGUCAAGCUUCUGACAGGCCAUCUUCUCCUCCACCUCUGCGUGAUUUAAACGAUCAGGAUAGUCCAGGCUCUCCUCUCUCUGAGGUCAAAAAUCAGACGGAGGAGGAUAAACCUGAAGUCACGUCUGAGGUGACUCUAGCAGCACCGUCAGACUUCCCUGAUGGAGAACUUCCCAGUGAUGGUCAGAGCCUUCAAAGUCCCAGUGGACCGUCUGAAAGUACCGACAUGGACCAUGAACCAUACACUGAAAUGGAGGAGAAAGUAGUACAAGAAGAGGAAGGAGUAGAGGACUGUUUCCCUCCCCCUCCUCCACCUGUCUUCUUUGAUGAAAACAUAGAGGUGAUGGAGGAGAGAGGAGACUCUUCUCAGCCGACAAGUCCUUCCUCUAACGGGCGAGCCGACUCUUUCAGUGAGGACCGCCACAAUGAGCCUGCUGAGUCUACAGCUGCACCAACACCUCUGGACGAGACAAGUGCCGCCCCAUCCAGGUUUGCGGAGGCGGUAGCGUUGGCCGUGCAGAGGUCCCGUCUCCAGAGUCCCGGGAAAGGUUUAGACCCUCAGGCCCCCAGUGGGCCACACGGUACACUCCCCUCACCAUCCAGGUCCACAUACCAACACGGUGCCUGACUGUCUUCCUCACACAUCUUUGAAUAGAAGCCCCUGUUUAGUGUGAGGAAUCGGAGCACGUGACCUCCACAUAACUUCAACAAAAGUCAUUUCUAAGUAGACGAACUGCAUCAAGCAACAAACUUGACUUUUAUGUUUUUUGCGUUUUUUCAUUUUUGUGCAAAGACACCAGGUUGUCUCAUUUUCUGUUGGACUUCAUGUUCACACGUUGAACAUAAACAUUUUCUGUUGUCAGUAAGCCAAAUGUACAGGACACGAGUUGUUGAACGGACAACGUCCUGUUUUUUUUUUUCUUUACUUCCUAUUUGAAUUUUCAUUGAAGAUGUGCCAAGGCGGACACGACGCUGACGUGAGAGCUUUUCUAGUUUUUGUUUGUGUAAAACAAAAGAAAUGAUGCACUCGUAAUAAUAGGCAUAUUGUAUGUUUGUGCCAGUUAUGUUUCUCCCUCAGGGUGUUCAUCUUUAUGCUUCAUGAAGAACGCAGUAAAACUCAUGAACUCCUUCAGACUGGCUUGCUGGUUAAUCAGCAGGUGGCAGUAGAGCAUUGUUUCUAAAGGAAUAUCCCGACAGCAUCCAUGUGAGGUCUUUUUCAUCAUGAGUUCUGGCGGAUGGAUCACAAGUGACACAUUUUGUAUCAUUUUAAUAAUAAAUAACAGUAAAUAUGUUUUCCCCUCAUUGCUCAGGAGCGCGAAUGAACUUAUGUCAAACAUUAUUGUAACGUUUAAAUGUCUUUUCUGAAGGCUGUCUCUGUCCACAUCAAUUUCAAGGAUUUUCCCAGAAUAAAAAAAAAACUACAUGCACUAUUUAAUGACAUCUGCAUUUCCACAAGAACAAAAAAAAUCCUUUUUGGAGCAUUAUUUAUAUGCCAAGCAUCCCAACACCUUCCUCAAUAAACUCAGUCCACUUUGCUCACAUGCACACACUGUUAUGUCUUUAACGGACCCAUACCUCAGGGCAAUACUGCAUAGCUAUACUUGGGUGCCAAAAGAAUCCGCACUACUAUAUGUAUUGAUCCAGCCCUGGCCUUGGAGGAACAGCAAGGAGCUAUGCGAGGUAGAGACCUAGCCAGAACCGCCUGUGGCUAAAGCUCCACGUUUGCCAGGCCUGGACUGAGUGGGCUAGCUUCAAGACUUUCUUUCUCUCUCUAACAUCCUUGCUCCACCUGAGGAGAGAGGGAGAGAGGGAGAGCGAGGAGGACGGGUUGCUGGUGGAUGAUGGGAGGUGACCGUUGACCCUGUCGUGUUUCCGCGGCGCUCCCCCCAGAGGGAGCGCCCGGCCCUCAAGGGCACAGCCGUGUCACACUGCCGUUGUCAUGGAGAAUGCCAUUACCGCCCCUAAGGGAGAGAGCCAUGUCUAACGUUUUUUUUU